AUGCCUCGGAAAAUCUGUGAAAAUUGCAACGAAAGAGCAGCUUGUGUUCUUCGAUAUGAUCGGAGCAUCCUUUGCAGGGAGUGCUUUUGCCGAGUUUUUGAAGAAGAAGUUCACCAAACCAUCACAAAAUACGAGCUAUUCAAGCCCGGACAAAAAGUAGCAAUCGGCGCUUCUGGCGGAAAAGACUCGGCAGUGCUCAUGCAAGUUAUGAAAAUCCUUAACGAGCGGUACAACUACGGCUUGACGCUUUAUCUACUGUCGAUUGACGAAGGCAUUUCGGGGUACAGAGAUCAUUCGCUAGAAGAAGUCAAGUUUCACUCGAAUAAUUACGGACUGGAGCUGAAGAUUUUGUCGUAUAAGGACUUGUACAAUUGGUCGAUGGAUGAAAUAGUCGCGGUUGCCGGGAGAAAGUCGAACUGUACGUUUUGCGGCGUUUUCAGGCGCCAGGCUUUGGACAGAGGCGCAUGGCAGCUGGGAGUGGACAUUGUCGCCACAGGCCACAACGGAGAUGACGUCGCUGAAACUGUCUUGAUGAAUAUGCUCCGUGGAGAUGUAGGGCGACUUUCUCGCUGCACUGCAAUCACGACGGCGGACGAUCCCAGUGGAAUACCAAGAGUCAAGCCAUUAAAGUAUCAGUACGAGGCGGAAAUUGUCAAGUACGCCAGACACUCAAAAGUUCGAUAUUUUUCGACAGAAUGUACUUAUGCUCCAGGAGCGCAUCGAGGUCACAUCAGAGAAUAUUUACGCGCCGCUACGAAAAUACGUCCUCAUGUCGUUUUGGAUAUCAUCAAAGCUGGAGAGAGUUUCGAAGUCAAAGACGGAGUCAAGCUGCCAAUUAAAUCGCGCUGCACAAGAUGCGAUUACAUUUCUUCCCAGCCAGUUUGCAAGGCGUGUCUUUUGCUUGAAGGACUCAACACGGGCAGACCUCUCCUAGGAAUAGGAAAAACAAAAGAAGGAAGAGUCAAGAAAUACAAAACCAUCAAAAUUGAGAGUGGCGAAAAAUGUGGGAAGACAGAUGAUUGCUGUUCGAAAGAGAAAGAAAAGAAGUGCGAAAUUAAUGACGAUGAAAUAGAAACUUGCGGAAAUCCUGCAGCAGGUUUGCAGGCAAAAGAUUUGGAGAAACUGAGUAUAGCUGCCGAAGCCUCAGAUCUGUUCUAA